UGCGACCAUUAUGAGUGUUCCUCAGCCUGACCCGGAUGAGACACCCCCCUCCACCAUCACUCCUGUCACCACCCCCACCCUGAGCCUGACCCCCAUCACAGACGACCUGGAGUGUAAGAUCUGUUACCAGCGCUACAAUGUCCACAACCGCAGGCCCAAGAUCCUGGACUGUCUCCACCGGGCGUGUACCCGCUGCCUCAACAAGAUCCUGGACAUGGGAGACGUCUUGGGCUGCAUUUCCUGCCCUUUCUGCCGACACGAAACAGAGGUCAGCGAAUGCGAGGUGUCGGGACUCCCCAAUGACUCCAACAUCAUAUCCUGCCUGGCCGUCAGGGAUAAGUCCUGGAGCUCCGACCACAGCAAAGAGGUGACCCUCACCCCCAAGAGCCUGUCUUCUACCUCCCCCUCGCACCACUCCUCCAACUGCCUGGUGAUCACUAUCAUGGAGGUCCAGAGGGAGACGGGAUCCGGGGGCCGUGGCCUGGGCAGUUCAGACCACUACACAGAGCCCAGCCUGGACUCCGUCUCCGUGGGUUCCAACGGGCCGGAGGUUCAGGAAGCCCUGUCCAAGUUGUGUUCUCACGUCCCCAGGAUCCUGGUGUGGCUCCUGGGGCUGUUCUACUUCGGGUCCCUGCCCCUUGGCAUCUACCUGCUGGUGAUCCAGAGGGUGACGCUGGGCAUAGUCUGUGUGAGCCUGGUACCGUCCAGUCUGACUGUUUGUCUGGUCUAUGGGUUCUGCCAGUGUCUCUGCCAGGGUAUGUGUGACUGCUCGUCUAGGGGCUGA